AUGUGCCGUGCAGACUUGGAUUCCAUCGCAACUACCACGGUGAAACCUGCAAAGGAACUGUCCGGCGCUGCUCCUGCGCCGUUGACACAGGACCAGAUCGCCGACAGGCAAUCUCUCGAGAAGAACACCAGUACCAAAGUCGAGGCACUUCUCGACAUUCUCCGGGCAUCCGCCAACGACCCCACAAACAAGACCAUCAUCUUCAGCCAAUGGACUUCUUUCCUCGAUCUCCUAGAGCCACACCUCACCCUCUACGGUCUGAAGUACGUACGCAUAGACGGCUCCAUGUCCGCCACACAACGUGACGUCGCCCUCGAAGCGCUAGACUCCGAUCCAAAGACGACCAUCAUGCUCGCCUCACUCGCCGUAUGCAGUGUCGGCUUGAACCUCGUUGCCGCAAACCAAGUUGUUCUGGCGGACUCAUGGUGGGCGCCUGCCAUUGAAGAUCAAGCCGUGGACCGUGUGCAUCGACUAGGACAGAAGCGCGAGACGAAGGUCUUUCGUCUGGUAGUUGAAGGUAGUGUAGAGGAGCGGGUCUUGGGUAUUCAAGAGGAGAAGAGGAAGUUGAUGGGCUUGGCGUUUGCGGAGAAGGAGGGCGGGAAGCAGAGGAAGAAAAGGGCUGGAGCUGGUCUAGGUGACCUUCAGAGGUUGCUCGGGACGCAACAGCCUGCUAGUCAGACGCAGACGCAGACACAGGCCGCUUAG